ACUGACACCCAUCUCACAGCAACAAGGAUACAGUUGAAAGAGGAGGCGAAAAAUGAAGGAGAAAUCCAAAACGGCCGCGAGGACUAGACGGGAAAAGGAGAACAGUGAAUUUUACGAGCUGGCCAAAAUGCUGCCUUUACCGUCGGCCAUCACCUCGCAGCUAGACAAAGCCUCCAUAAUCAGACUGACAACCAGCUACCUGAAGAUGAGGAUUGUUUUCCCUCAGGGUUUGGGUGAAGCUUGGGGUCAUGCAAGUCGGACAAGAUCUUUGGACAAUAUAGGACGAGAGCUGGGAUCUCAUUUACUGCAGACACUGGACGGAUUCAUCUUUGUUGUCGCUCCAGAUGGGAAAAUCAUGUAUAUUUCAGAGACAGCAUCCGUCCAUUUAGGACUCUCUCAGGUAGAGUUGACCGGGAACAGUAUUUACGAGUACGUCCAUCCUGCCGACCACGACGAGAUGACAGCUGUCCUCACGCCUCACCAGCCCUACCACUCACACUUCGUCCAAGAAUAUGAAAUGGAGCGCUCCUUCUUUUUGCGGAUGAAAUGCGUGCUGGCAAAAAGAAACGCGGGACUCACCAGUGGUGGAUACAAGGUGAUUCACUGCAGCGGGUACCUGAAGAUCCGCCAGUACAGUUUGGAUAUAUCACCUUUUGAGGGCUGCUACCAGAAUGUGGGGCUAGUGGCUGUUGGUCACUCCCUACCGCCCAGCGCUGUGACUGAGAUCAAGCUGCACAGCAACAUGUUCAUGUUCAGAGCCAGUUUGGACAUGAAACUUAUCUUCCUUGACUCCAGGGUAGCUGAGCUGACAGGAUAUGAGCCCCAAGACCUCAUCGAAAAAACACUAUACCAUCACGUCCACAGCUGCGACAUCUUCCACCUCCGCUGUGCGCACCACCUCUUGCUGGUAAAAGGCCAAGUCACCACUAAGUACUAUCGUUUCCUGGCCAAGCACGGCGGCUGGGUCUGGGUCCAGAGUUACGCCACCAUUGUCCACAACAGUCGAUCUUCGAGACCUCACUGUAUUGUCAGCGUUAACUACGUCCUCACGGAUACUGAGUAUAAGGGGAUGCAGCUGUCCUUAGACCAGAUGAGUCCCACCAAGCCAGCAUUUCCAUACGCUGACAGUCACAGCGAAGACAGAAAGAGCACCAAGUCACGCCUGAGCCAGUCGAAGGCCAAAGCCAGAGUGUCACCAUAUCCACAGCAAUUUUCAGCUUUCAAUCCAGAGCGUUCGGAGUCUGACCAGGACAGCCAGUGGGGAGGGAGUCCGCUGACAGACUCUGCCUCCCCCCAGCUGCUGGAUCCCAGCGAGGCGGCAGAGGCGUCGUGCGCAUAUCGACUUUACCCAGACUCGGGCUCCCUGUGCUACGGCCUGGGUCUGUCUGAAGACGACAUCGCCCACGCCCACUCCCAUCCUCACACAACAACCUGUGACCGCGUUCGGUGUCAGAGUGGGCGCUACUUCCUGGGAACCCCCCAGUCCGGGAGAGAGAUGUGGUGGGACACCACACGCUCUGUGCUGUCACUGCCAAAAUUCUCGGUGGAGAGCAGCGAGGGCUACGAAAUCACAUCCUACCAUGGCGCCAUUCAUGGACGGGGCCACUGGGACGAAGACAGUGUUGUGAGUUCGCCUGACGGGGGCGGGUCCACGAGCGAUUCAGGUGAGCGAUACCAUGGUGACCAGUUCCAAGCAAGCCCCCGAGAGCCGAGCAAGAUGGAGACCCUUAUCCGUGCCACGCAGCAAAUGAUCAAAGAGGAGGAGAACCGCCUGCAGCAUCACAAGGUACCGCCGCUGGACGUCUCCGGCCUGACCAAAACUCACAGCCCGUGCUUCACCUCCUCGCUUGCCCACCACUCUCAGCUCACCAUGCCCAGUGUGGUGUGCCGAGGCCCCGGAGCCCCCAGUAUUGACCUCCCCUCCGAACGCCUUCAUCACCGAGACAGCGUCAAAAUGCUCGCGGCCCACGACAAUGACGAAAACACAACCAGCCCCGCAUCUUUGUCCCGUCUCAGCAGCCCCAGUUCCGACGGCAUCCCCAGAUCGGGCCUCUCCCUCGCCAAAGACUACAUGCAGACGGAGCUGUCCCCCCAUGCUUCGCAACCACAGGGGAGUCCGCUGCUCUACCAAGCUCAGGAGAGGCAGCCGCUGGACCGGCAAACGGCCUACGCCUUGACUGGGUACUCCCUGGAGCACCUGUACGACCCGGAGAACUUGCGAAGUUACUCCGGCCUGGCCUGCGGAGGAGUCCAGUACGACGUGGCGUCUCAUGUGAGAAUGCAGGCCGAGCAGAUACAGGGACACAAGGCCACCUCAGUGAUCAUAACCAACGGCAGCUGACGAUAUCUGGUGCAGAUGGGUCCUGUUGUCUAAAGGAGGAUGAUACCGUUGGCGUUGCGACGCUAACCAGGGGGCAAAAAGGUGGAUGCAAGACAACUGUGUUAGUUUGAUGUACCUUCGGUGGAUCAUUCAGCUGAACUCGAUCGUCAGGCCUUUGCAUUGUACCAUUUCCCUUCUUUAUUAUAAGAGGCUGAAUUUCGAAGACUUUCAAGGAGCUUGGUUCAGGAAGUGACAUUUGAUAUGCCACCUGGCACAGGAAGGAGGUUUGCUCCAUUAAAUAGGAAUAUAGUGUUAUUUCCAUGGCGGUGAACUCAACUACCCUCCCUGCAGAGGCUGGCUAAACAUCAAGCCAGUGUUUCGGUCCCAGACCUCUCACGCCCCAUUGGCUGUGUGAGUUAAUCUGUCCCGGACACGAUUUCCAGAGGCAGUAAGAAAUGUGUUGUUCCAUUGCCCUUUCACCUGAGAACUCCACGGCACAGACACAUAAUGUUUGACACAUGAAGUGCAACAUCGCAAAGGAAAGCGUUUCACUAUUGUAAGAUGUCAAUGUUUGCUGGUAUUUAUUUGUCAGUGGGCUGUUUUUAUGUAUGUUGUCUUUUUUCCCUGUCUGAGUAGAAAAUGUGACAUUAAAAACAUUUUGGUGUUUGGAUCGCACCAUAAUUCCAGCGCUAGAAUAUAAAAUAAAUGAAGUGGAAAAAACUGGACAAAAAAAUACUCUGAUA